AUGUUCUGGCUGCACUUCAGUAAAGGUCGCUACUUCUCUACGCGAGCCAAAAGCGCAUUGACAAUCAUCAAUGUCGGUGUUCUAGUCAUUGGAUUCACCAUUUCUGCUGAUAAGGAUUCUUCAGUGUGGACUGGGAUUAUACGAUUAUACGUGUCUGGAAGAUCUAUCAACGAAAGUACUACCAAUUUCAGUUGGUCCUGUGCCGACAAGUCCAAGUCCUAG